AUGGCAUCCAAUUCGUGCAUUCGACCCUCGCUCCAACGGCUUUUGGGCGCCUCUCGAAGCUUUUCCACCUCGCAACCUUCUCCUGUUCAACACACUCCUCCCCAAGCCCCCUCAUACAUCCGACUCCCUACUCCUCCUCAAUCUAGCGAAACGAAGCCGCAGCGUGUGCGAGGACAUCUACCUGUGCCACGACAAAUCUUUUCUCAACCUGAAGGUGAUAGAAAAGUUCGUCCAGAAUACAUCAAACGAACGGCGCCCAAACCCUCGACACAACGGGAGCCUUCCAACGAAGCCCAGCGAUGGAAGGCGGAAGUCGCGCACAAUAGGCGAGUAAAUCUUGAAGAAGGCUUGCAAGCGCUCUGGAUACGACGCCGCAGGCGGGACAGUAUUCGCAAUGCGACAGUCGGCCGCAAGUUCGAAGAGCACCACAAGGCUGCUGCCGCGGAUGAACGCCAGGACGACCGCCUAACUCGCAGCACCGUUCUGGGUUCUAUCCUGGACACGAAGACCUAUCCGGACCCUGACCGCUUCUCUCGUGUUGAUCGGAGUCGCACAAAGGUCAUGGCCAAGGAAAGCACAAGGCGUGAGGCGAGGCGUGAUGCCAUUAUGGAACUGUAUAUCAGUGCCUCCAAUUUCAUCGUCCAAGAAAGCGAACUUGAAGCAGAAAUCGACAAGAUCUUUACCGAAGAUUACUUCAGAAAGCAAAGCCAAGCGAUCAAUCGCUAUGGCGCUACUGAGAAUACCUGGGGCAUCUAUGGAAAACCACCAUCCAUCGCGAACAUGCUGGAGACGACGACUGGAACUUCGACCAAGCUCAUGGAUUACUACGAGUCCGAAUAUGACCGAUCUGUUAAGCGGCAGAAGCGGAUUGCGGAGGAUCUGACUGGUGGGAAGAUGGAGUAG